AUGAAGUUAAUUAUAUUGGAUGACUACCAGAGAGUGUCUGAAUGGUGCGCCAAAUACAUCCGCAAGACUAUCAACAACUUCAAGCCGGGACCUGACAGAUACUUCACCCUUGGUCUGCCCACCGGUAGUACACCACUCGGUACUUACCACAAACUCAUCCAGUUCUACAAGUAUAUCCAUUUCUAUAUCCAUUUGUACCAUAUAUUGCCGAUAUAUAAGUUACUAGCCAGCACCUUUUAUACACUAAUGUACUUAAGUGUCCAACUGAUCCAUGUGGAGGGAACGCUAUCUUUCAAAUAUGUCAAGACAUUCAAUAUGGAUGAAUACGUGGGUCUUCCUCGUGACCAUCCGGAGAUAAUCUGUUGGCCAAUUGUGUUAAUUAUAUUGGAUGACUACCAGAGAGUGUCUGAAUGGUGCGCCAAAUACAUCCGCAAGACUAUCAACAACUUCAAGCCGGGACCCGACAGAUACUUCACUCUUGGUCUGCCCACCGGUAGUACACCACUCGGUACUUACCACAAACUCAUCCAGUUCUACAAGGAGGGAACGCUAUCUUUCAAAUAUGUCAAGACAUUCAAUAUGGAUGAAUACGUGGGUCUUCCUCGUGACCAUCCGGAGAGUUACCACUCGUUUAUGUACCACAACUUCUUCAAACACAUAGACAUCGAUCCGUCCAAUACUCACAUUCUGGACGGAAACGCAUCCGAUCUGAAGGCAGAGUGCGAGCGCUUCGAGAAACUCAUCAAAGACUCCGGAGGUAUUGAACUGUUUGUGGGCGGCAUUGGACCCGACGGUCACAUAGCCUUCAAUGAGCCGGGUUCUAGUCUCGCCUCCAGGACACGCGUCAAGACAUUAGCCGACGACACAAUCCUAGCGAACGCCCGCUUCUUCGGCAACGACUUGUCGAAAGUGCCGACAGAAGCGCUCACUGUUGGCGUCGGAACUGUUAUGGACUCCAAAGAGGUGAUUAUCCUCAUCACUGGUCAGCACAAGGCUUUCGCGCUCUACAAAGCCAUAGAGGAAGGUGUGAACCAUAUGUGGACAGUAUCUGCCUUUCAAUUACAUCCGUCCACUCUCUUCAUCUGCGACGACGACGCGACUCUUGAGCUCAGAGUGAAGACCGUUAAGUACUUCAAGGGAUUGAUGAGAGUUCACAACAAACUGGUGGAGGAUUGA